AUGCCGCAACCACCAGUACAAAUAACCUCCAAGGAGCACUUUGACGGCAUCCUCAAAAAGUCCAAACUCGUCGUCGCUGACUUCUUUGCUGACUGGUGCGGUCCUUGUCAACAAAUUGCGCCCGUUUACGAGGCCUUGUCGCAGUCCCUCACCCGCCCAGACCUCCUCACAUUUGUCAAGGUCGACACCGAAAAGAACCAGGCGCUUUCCGAAGAAUAUCAAAUCAGCGCGCUGCCGACCUUCCUGCUGUUCCAGAAAGGCAAAGUCAUACAAACAGUCCAGGGCGCCAAUCCUACCGAGCUUAGACGCAUCAUCCAGAAGCUGUCCUCAGAGCUUGAGUCUGCUGAUGAGGCCUCUGGCUCCGGCGGCGGCGGCGGCAGCAGCAGCAGCAGCAGCAACGGCCCGUGGACUGGCGCAGAGAUUCCCCGCGGUUACAGCGAUAUUUCCGAUCAGGUAGAGACACGAAACUCUGAGCUACUGAAUGCGGACGACGAUGCCGGGCCCGUCAAGGUGCUAUUCGAUAUUGCCAAGCCAGCCGCCUUGAAUAACGACGAUAACACCACCAAGGACUAUGUCCAGAGCGGAGCGGACGACCAGCUUCUUUUGUUUAUCCCGUUUCAGGGCACAGUCAAGCUUCACACGUUGCAGAUUACCUCUCUUCCACCCAAGGGACAAGAUGACGUCUCAAGACCCGAGGUUAUUCACCUGUAUAUCAACAGACCCCAGAACAUGGACUUUAGCGAAGCAGACGAUACGGAGCCCACCCAGGCUAUCACCCUAAAGCCCGAGGACUGGAACGCCCAAGGCACCGCCAACAUCAGCCUGCGCUUCGUCAAGUUCCAGAAGACGACGACGCUGAUCCUCUACGUGCAAAAGGGUGAGGAUGAUGCAGAGGCGGUCCGAAUUGAUCGGAUCAAGCUCAUCGGUGAGGCUGGCACCAAGCGCGAGAUGGGCAAGCUUCAAAAGGUGGGAGAGGAUGAAUAG